GUUUAACCUAUUUUAUGUUCUUUUCUAAGAUCUCCUGUAUUGUCUCGUACACACACGUUUUUAUUGAGAGGUGGCUUCACAUUCACAAGCAGUGAAACUACAGGCCCAGAGUUUCUUGGAUUGCUUGCUGUUAUUUUGUUUACUAAGUCUCAUAUGAGUCCGGAUAUCUGACACAGGCCCGCUGCAGUAGUAAUGGUAGCCCAAAGUGUAGAGUUACCAACCCGUUGCUACAGCAAUGCUGCUUAGCAACACCCGAUAACAUUAAAGACAAGUUGAGAUCAGGUUAGACAAGAGACUUAGACCUGCUUUUGCUCUUGCGUCAUGAGAGAGCAGUCAUUUGGCAAUUCCAGAACCCUGGACAGCGACUGGAAAAUUGAAGGUCCUCGUUAGUGUUUUUCUGAGACAUAUUGGCUGGUUUGAAGGGACAGAUAUGGAUAGAUGUUUCACAAACAAGGAGGAAUCUAAGGAUAAGUCUGUAACCUUGAAAGACGACGUUUAGAGGAAUGUUCAAGAAGAUUAAUAAUGUGUUUCGUCCCAACCAUCACGGACACAGAGGGAUGGAUGGUGGUGGAAGGUUUCGGUCCGAGCAGGACUACCACAAAGCCUGCACUGUCAGACUGGUCCGCAGCACCUCCAUGCUUGUGGUUGGAGAGAAAACUCAGACGGCCGUGGGCUCCACUUUGAAACGGAGCAAAAGCACAGUGAGCAUUGAGUCGACUUUUUACUAUUAUCAGAGACAAGAGGACAGGAUUUGGCUUUACUCGCAGAAUCAGAACUGCCUGGAGUACCUGGAAGCACUUGUGGCUUUGAGACAGCAAUACACACAGAGUGUAGUUAACUUGAAAAGUAAUGAAACCAAGGCCACGGUGUCCUCCAAGAAGAAGCCUGCACCCCCGCGGCCUACGAAGGAAGAACUGAUAUCAAGAGCCAAACCUUCUGCCCCUCCAGUCCCCAACGAGGAAGACACUUUGCAGUUCUUUGAUGCAGUGAUCGCAGACUGCGACAGUGAACCUCUGCGCAAACAGUUUAUGGAUGAUGGAAACGCAGAUGUGGACUUCAUAGUGGCCUCCAGCUCGGCAGAACACGACCUCCACUCUAACUGGGUCUUGCGGGUUCCUCGGGUCGCAGAUGACUCCAAGCCGAAAGCAGUUCAUGAGCGUGCCAAUGAAAGCGCCCCAAAGAAGAAAAACCAGAGCGGGUCCACGAGCAGCAGACUGCGGCUGCAGAGGAACCCGAUCCAUCUGCCCAAAGUGGUGGAGAGUGCAUUCCAGACUCUGCGCUUCAAGCCCAAAUUAAAAAAGCAGUGAAGCUUGAUGAGACAUUUGAAACCACCAGCACUGCCACUCUGCUGCCAUACACCAUGCUCUGCUAAAACUCCAUCCGGACAAUUAUUACUUACAUUAAAUAUUUAGAAGGAAUUUAAUAAAGCAAAUGUAAAGAAGUUAUUUAAAAAAACUGUCCAGCCGAUGACGUCACGUUAAGUCCUUUUUUUCACAGCAGACAUUUUGACUUAUUUAGAAAGUGUUAAUUAUAUUAAUUACAAAUUAAAAACCUUCAAAUAUUCUACAUAUUUUAUACAGAAUUUAACUUUUAUAGCCAGCAAGUGUCAGCUUUUCAAUUUACAACAUUCUCUAGUUACCUACAAAACUACUUCUGUGAUAGUCUUAUCCAGUAUUAUUUGUUUCCGGGAUAUUCAACAUCAAUAUCUCAUUCAUCAAUUCAUCAAUUGGAUUCCACAUUAAAUGUAAGAAUAUUUCUUGGGAUUAUAUUCGCAGCAUAGUAUGUAAUACAAAUUCUUUCACCAACCCAUUUGUUAAUAGCAUUUCUUUCAAAUGUGCUUUUGAAAUAAAUUAAGAAAAAUACAUAUGUACUAUUAUUAUUAUAUUA